CGCCAAUUUCAUGUAGAAUAUUUAGAAACCAGGUACAAUGAAUCGUUACCCUAGCAUGGAUAACGAACAAAGAAAUCACAUUCUUUACAGACAGCUACAUUAGCCAAUAUUCACCUGAACUCUUGUUUGUCACGCAAUUGCACUUGUCCUCGAUUAGAGAGGCAUAUAUCUGACAGCAUAACCGGGUCGAUAACGCUGUGCUUCAAAAUGUGGCCGUGGAAAUCUUCAAAUCGUCAACCGGGCUUCAAGGUGAGAUUAGAAGUCAUCGAUUUUCUGAGGUUUGAAAGUACACUAGUUUAUUCAGACCUUCAAGUUUGAUAAUUCGUCCCUUCUUCGUUCGAUGUCGGGAGCGAUCGGAAGCGGAGAUUCACACUUGAGCUUACCACUAUUCAAUUUUGAAAUUUUUUUCUCAAUCUUCGUUCGUCAGAGUUUGCCAAGUCAAGUUUGAAUGUAGUUUGCGAGUAUGUUUUACAGUGAAUUAACGUUUUAUAUGAACGUACGUGUACGUUAGUAUUUUCCAAUAUUCAAUACGUAGUUUGAAAUUGGUUUAAAGAGCUGCUCGAUCAUUGUACAAAUAUAUGAAAAUUGAGAGUCAGUUACAGCUGUCACCCGUUUCCUUGCAGUCGCUGUUGUACCAUUUAUUUUUCUUGGACCGGACAAUACUAGAACUCUUGUUUGUGUCUAGGAAAAGCUAUAAACACUUCUUACACAACCAGCCAGAUACUUGAGUUAUCACCCGACCCAACUAAAAUUAGGGUAGUUUAUGUUUAUUUUUGGUUCACAAAGUUUACCUGAAGUCUGUAUUAGGUAACAACUUAUGUACAUCAAGAUUUUUUAAAAUAACCUUGAAUAGAGUUUAAACUGAUCAGAAGCGGUUCUUGUAGUAAGUUAGACAGAUUUUGGUAACUUACUUCAGCUCUUUCAUGAAAGAGGCUUAAAAACACUUGUCAAGAUUUCGCUCGCUUUAAGAGAUUUGAAUACGUAAAGCAAAUUUCCUCAACUGAAGAUUGAUAUUUAUUUAAGAAAAACGACUAUAUAAAUAUUUUCAUACAUGUCGGUAAAAAAAAAUUGCUGCAACAACCGAUUGCAAUACUUAAGAUUUUCUUUUCUUUCGAUGAUUAUAAAUUUUAGUAAUUAUAUGCAGAAAGUGAGUCAGCAAACAGAACAAAAUGAAUGGCAUUGAAUAGUCACUAAAGCGUAUGGAAAUUAAAAAGCUUUGUCUGAAUUCUUAAAACUGUAUAUAUCUUUAACGACAAUUCAGUCAGGGAGAUUUUGAAGUGAGACUUUGUGAAAAUGACAAUCUAUUGACAGAAUUCAGCUGUUAAUUUUUUUAAUGUUAUUUGCACCUUUGAUUUCAGUUUCCCUUAUCCUUAAAUGUAAUCUUCCAGCCUGCUUUAAAAUGAAAAGAAAAUGAAACAGGAUAUUUUCCAUAACAAACUUUGUUGACAAACAAAAGUGCAUAAUCUAGAAUUUUAAAGUUUUGAGUAUGGACACACUAGAAAUAUAAACAUUAGAAAAUGCUGCUGUUAUUCCAGAUUAACAUUACACUAACGGUAUUUGAGAAACAAGAUAAUUUGCUUAUAUCAAGAAAAUUACUUGUUGAGUCUCCACACAUAUGUUCAUCAUCAUAUGAGUAUUUCUUUUUUUAAUGAUGUCAGCCUCCUUCUUCUACUGUAAUCUUUGGAGACCACCAUAACCUGUUUUUUUUCACUUUUAAGUUAUAUGAAAAAGUAGUGCUUUAUACUAAAUGAAAAAACGGAAAUAAUGAGAUUCUAAGAGCUAGGAGUGUUAAUUAACAAAAUAUCCUUAUUCCAAGUAGACUAUGAGCAGUCCUUCUUUUUCAGUGCAGUCCAUAACCUAAGUGGCAGUAAUCAGUAAAAAAAAUUAAUUUUAGCACACAGUAGGAAGUUCAUGGAGGGACUUACAUAUCAUGGGAGCUCCGUGAGUGAUGUCCACCUGGAAUUGUCACAACUACAGACUAAGCCCAAGAGUUUGAUUUCUGCAUUGCGCUCACAAUAGAAAAAUAUAAUGGGUUAUUGGCCAGAAAUCUGUUGACAACUGCCUUUGGAUAGAGCAUUAACUACAGGGUUUUUUGAUUUGCAAAAAUUUCUUGUGCAUGUCCUUGUAAUUUCACCAUUUAUUAGGAUCAUCAUUAGACAAGAAGCAAACUCAACAAACUUGGCCUUCCAGCCAUUCAUUUAUCUGAAAAAGAGAAAGACUGCAUGAAUGUUAUCUCUGAUGAUAAAUUAUGUGCACACACAGCAAAAAUUGUUCGCAAUGGUUUUGUUUUGUUUGUGAGAGUCAUCUUUACUGAAACAUUUUACAGAUUUCCUGUUUAUUGUGCACCUGGAAAUUUGAAAUGAUUUCAUUUCCCAAGAUCACCUAAUAUGUGUUUCAAUGGCAUUGAGAUUGACUGGUAAUUAAGUUAAGGAAUCUCAUUGGUUAGCCCUAAUUUCAAUUCAAAUUUGAUGCCAGAAAACCACUCAUGCAAGGUCAAACUCUUGGGUUAAGUCUGUAAUCCCUGCUUUUCGAGCACCUCAUGGAGCCUCCCACAUUGUAGUCUAAAUGCCAAGUUACCAGCUCCUUGUAUGGAACAAUUUUAACAAAGACCCAGAACAUGUCAAAUUUAUGAAUGUCAUGUCUGUAAUUGAGAGGAGCCCACACAUUUUGUUAUACUCUUAGAACUUCAAUUUAGGCUGUAAAGAGAUUGUAGGUUAUCCAAGUCAACAUAUUUUUUUUGGUUAUGUGAAAUUUAAUCUACAUGUGGUGUUUUUUUUUUUCAAAUCAAACUGCAUGACAAACCCAAAAGUCUUUGGCUUUGCUUGUCACUGAUAUCUCAUGCAAACUUUUUAUUUGUAAUUAUUUUCAGUAUGCAUCUGAUAAUUCCAAAUAUUACCCACACCCUCACCAUGGAGUUCAAAUUUCACAUCGUAUGGUGCAGCUCAUGUUGGGAUGCCUGUGCUUUGGUGUACUGUUGAUUUUAGUCAAUAUCUAUCAGUUGCAUAGCAUAACUACUGGGCAGACUGUGGGUGAUCCUGAGUUUGGAAGCUCUAGAAGACCUAUUGUUUGGAUGAAUGCCAGAAAUGUAAGGAUACUUGUUAUUUUUAAAUGAGUUAAACAGUUAUUGGUUAAAUUUAUCAGCUAAAUGUUUGAAUUCUGUUCAAGUUAUGCAUAAGUUAACUACCAUUAAAUAUGUUAUUUUGUGAUUUAUUCAUUUUUCACAAGGGUUUUGUACAGUUAUCAAGGGCUUACUGUUGCAAAAAUGUUGGGAAUAUCGAUGGAGAUGAUAAGCAUAAAUAUAUGGUGAAUAAUAUUAAAAAAUAAUUCUUUCAUUGGAUACUUGAAUUACUUUUAACCACAUGCACCUGGGUUUUGUAUGACCACACGUUAACAGUGCAUUAGAUGUUUUCCAUGUGUCAUGUGACUGCUAACUGCAAUGGGCCUAUUGACAUUUACAUUUAUUUACAAAAUAAAAAUUAUUCAUGUGCUUUAUUUCAAUAAGAAGCAAAUAUAUUUUUUUUAUUAAACAAGAAUAAAUUCAUAUCAGAUAUGUGGAUAAUUAGAAGUAACUUCUUUUAUCUAUCAGCUCAAGUCAGGUUACUUGAAACAUGUGAUGGCUGUGUUCAGCAGAAUUGGUUAUACCAGAACUGAGGCAAAAAGCCGCUUGUUUGACGUGAUGUGGGCCCAUGACUAUCCAUUUGGUGGAGAACUUAAAGAUAUGCUGCUAACCCUAGAGCCACAUCAAAAGGUUUAUUAAUUUUAUUUUAGAACAUCCUUGCUUUGCAAAAUGUUAAUCUAAUAUAAGAAGUCUUUACAAUAAUUACUUGUUACUGUUUUAUGACUCAACUGUUUGAUGUUCAUUAGGUGUAUCUAUAAAAAUUAAAAAACAAUGGAAAUAAAACCUGGGGAAAAAAUUUAACCAGAAUUUAUGCAUAUGCAUUUUUUAAUGGAUAAUUACCUGUAUUGGAAAGGUGAUUGUGUCAUUUUGAGACAAACUUGUUUUGCUUUUGUUUUCAGAUUAAUCAUUUUCCAGGUUCUGGAUAUAUUACAAACAAAGUCAGCCUGGCAGUGAACCAUUUUCCAUUUAUUCCUCCAGCAUUUGUGAUACCAAAGGAUACAGACAAGUUUUUAGAGGAGGUAUCAGUUCAAGUAGAAUAUGGCCAGUAAAUGACAUUGAACAGCCCACCAACAAACAAAUAAACAUAAUUAAAUAUUAACAAAUUAUUUGAGCCAGCAGAAAUCAGCAUCAACGUUAUAGUAUGUGGUGUGAUUAAAACAUGGAGGUUUUUUAACUUGUGUCUUCUUACUUAUUGUAUUCAGGUUAAGAACCAUCCUAAGAAACUUUGGGUGGAGAAGAGUAAUAACCACAGAGGAAUACACAUCAAGUCUCCAAAUGGUACAAAUAUUACACAAACUUACAGUUGUAAUAUUUUUCUUGAAGGCUCACACUUGGUCUGUUGGGUUCUGCCUCUUGUUAUUCAACAAGUGGCUUGGAGUUAUUAUAAGCAUAUUUUCCAUUAAUUUUGUAUACUUUUUUUUGUAGAAAUUGACCUUCAUAAGGGGUCUGAUGAGAACUUUGUUCAGGAGUACAUUGCCAAUCCAUAUCUUAUUGAUAAACGCAAGUUUGACAUUGGUGUUUACACUGUUUUAACUUCCAUUGAUCCUCUCAGAGUUUAUGUCUAUGACCAGGAGGUUCUUAUCAGGUUAUUUUAUGAGUCACUCAUUUAAUACAGUUUUAUGACGGUGCACAUUUAAUUAAGUUCCUUUUUCAUGCACCUGAUCAUUAAAUGUCAUUAUCUCAAUAUUUUUUAAUGAAAACUUCUCCAUCACUGUGUAACAAUCUACAUGUCCUGGACCCAAUUAAAACUGAAGAAAAGUGGAGAUCACUUAAAAAGUAAAAGUGCUGAGGGGUUCUACUAGACUAUCAUAAAUGGCAAAGCAGAGGUCAAUUCAAGGACAAAAGUCUUAUUAAUAUCCAUUUCUGAGCACAUUGCUAAUUUUUAUUAGAUAGUGUGCCCAAGCUGCUGUGCAUUAAUUUUUAAAGAGUGGUCUUGAGUAAGUUUUGUAGCAUCCACUUUUUUUAUUUUCUUAUUUUCAACAACUCUUGUGCAGGUUUUGUGAGACAGACUAUUACCCAUUUGACUCAAAUGAUGAAGAUAAAUAUGUUGUGGGAGAUUCAUACACUCAGCCUUGGGAGGUAAUUGAGGGGUUGCCUGAGUUAGUUCUGUUAUGCAUCCUCCCCAUGAAGAGUCAUACAAAAGCCUAAGACAGGUAGAUGGCCCUUCCAGUUUUAUGCCUGGUUUAUUCCACCACAAUUCCCAAAAACUUCUAGUUAAACUGCUAUAACCCUUUCCUGUUGUGAAUGUACUGUUUAUAAAGUGAUAUUUUGCUUUCUCAGCUUUGUCCCCUUUCACCUGUUGUCAUCAACAAUCUAAAGACCUUUUUCAGUCUUAUGAUUCCUAUUUGAUAAACACAUUCAGAUUUUUUCUUGUUGCUUCAUUUUGAGUAUGUUUGUUCAGAACUCUGAUGGUUGUCUUACUUAUUUCACAUUCAGCUGCCUUCUCUGAGGGAGUGGUGGCAUAAAGGAAAAUACAGCCGCAAACUGCUUCUUAAUGCACAUCUUAAAAAACAAGGUAUGGAGAAAAUUUUUUAGAUUGUUUGACACCAAAACAUUUGAUAAAAAAGGAUUCAGAAAUGCAGAAACAUAUUUCUGGCUGCUUAGUUUGGGAGAUUGCUGAUUGGGAGGUCUGUUUUAUAACUCUCCCUUUCAGCUGCUGUAUGUAAAGAAAUAAAGUUCAUGUACAAUUGAAUUAAUUUGAACUAAAACAUCAGUUGCCAUUACUCAGGUCAUCGGUUGCAAUGCUUCUUACAGUGAUCUGUAUUUACUUUUUACAGGUCAAGAUGUUGAUAAGAUAUGGAGCGAUAUUUACAGGGCUAUUGCAGAGGUAAGAUUUCUGUUGUUGAGAAGCUAUGAUUGGCUGGAACACAUUACUCCUCUAUGAUAUGAACUUUUUUCUUCAAAUUUUAGAUCAAACAUUAUUUUAAAGAAGCAAAGGGUUAAUUCACAUUAGUGUAAUUCACAGUAAUAUUAUCCAACAGAUUGACUUUAAUGUUUGAUGUUAAAAUUUAUGAUGUAUUUGAUCUCAGGUUUACCUGAGAAAGGAAACAGAUCUCAUAUCUGCAGGAUCACACUUCAAAUCCACAAGGUAUUAGAUGUAUUGAGUGCACCCACGUUAUAUCGAGAACUGAAGCUUUCCAAACACCUUUUCCUCCAUUCAACAUAAAAUGUUUUAUCAUGUUAAUUUUUUACCACAAAUUAUAGGAACUUCUUUGAGAUGGUCCGCUUUGAUUUUAUCCUGGAUGCUGACUUAAAAGUUUGGCUUAUGGAGGUACACGAUGUUUAUUGUUUGUUGCUUCAGCUGCUGGCCCCAUCUGAGAGACAUAUAAAUAACUCAUCGCAUCAAAUCACUAUUUUUUUGUUGUCUUUAAAGGUAAACAUGUCUCCAAAUUUGUCUUCAGCUGCGCACAAUGAUAACAAACUGAUGUACGAACAGGUGAGGUCAAAUACUGCUAAUAGGAUGUUUUCUUGUCAAGAGAAUUAACGUACACUAUCUCUGUUCCCUAGUCCACGCAAGUUGUAGAACGAAACUGAAUGACUCACUGUUUUUAUCUCCAUUCUUGUCACCCGCAGGUUGUAUUCAACCUUCUUGGCUUAGUGGGAGUGGCGUCAAAACUGGACCACAGUUUGAAGUACAGGUCGGGGAAACAAUUUUUCACGCAAUUCUUUCCAAUGUAGCUCAGCAAAUCUCUGUAACAACGCCUAUUUAUUUAUUUUUUUCGUGUAUGUGCAUUAGCUCUCCAUCAGAGAAAGACAUGCUUGUUAGCGAUCAUGACAUUCAAGUAUUGUACGAAAGAUGUGCAAGCAGUGAAUGCUCCAAGUCAUGUUACAAUGAGGUGGGUGGCCUGUGGUAUCUAUGCUGUACAUCGGGGUCAUUGUUUGUUAAUUUUCGUUGUGUUCUUUGCUGUCUCCAUGUCUUUAGCAUUGCCGCCUGUGUUUUCCCUGCCUGCGCGAAAAUGAACGUGACUUUAUCAAGGUUGCUUACUUAGAGCAUACUCACAGAGGAGGCUUCCGCAGAGUAUACCCUCCUGUAAUGGUGAGCUUUCUUUUGUAGGUCCUUCUUAUGUUCAUUUUUUGCUAUUUUUUGUGUCAUGUUUCCAUGUCUCAUUAGUAAUUGUCUGUAUGUCGUUGUCAACAGACUCAAAUCGGUGAAGUGAAGAAGGAUGGGCCGACAUUAAGCCUGAGUCCGUCUAAUCAGCUGAUGUUUCAGUGGUUUAAAGCCAUGUGUCUACACGAUAUUUCAUGGUGCGCAUGACUAGUAGCAUCCAUUGAUUAUGAUAAAAUAGAUAAUUUAACGACUACUUCCAUCAUUUAUUCCUAGCUUGACUUUGAAAGAUGUAUCUCAGUUAUGGAAUAUUGCGAUUGUUAUAAAGUAAGUUAUUGUAUUGCACUUGGCGAGCCUUUUGUUUAGAUUUGGUCUCUUUGGCUUUCUUCGAGAGACACCGAGUACAGUUCGUAUCAUGUAGAAAAUUAUUUUUUACUGUCUUCAGAGUGUCACCCUGACAUUAAAAUGCAGCAGAGACGUUGUUUGAGAGCAAUCGCUCGACGGACACUGUAUGCCAGAAUUUCAUUCUAAACAUACGUGAAAAAAUACAAUGAUAAUGAACGAACUGAAAAGUAAACAAGUAUUUGGAAAGGUGGUAAUUAUAUUCAAUAUUUUAAACGCCAAUAUGAAAUGAAACAGAAACUAUAUCAAAAUACAUAGUAAUAUUGAACCUUGAAAAGAUGUCGAGAUGUUAAGUUGUACAUUAUUCCUGUUCACAACUUCUUAGCUUGGACACUUCAUACUGAGAAUAAUUCAGACUACAUUCAGAGACAAGACAAUGUUAGGAGAUAUUUAUGUUAUACUGUGUACUUCAAUGUUUUAGUUUUCUAACUAGAUAAAAAUGCUAUUGUG